AUUCAAAUGACAAAUCGCUCUUUCAAUUGAAUAUUAAGGUAAUAACAAGUGGUGUGUGGAGAUGUCAACAAGAAAAAAAGAUGUUUCUGUUGUGAGGGAGAAGAGAGCUCCUUCUACCUCUCAUCUCAAAUCAACCUCCAAAACCGUCUCCACAAGCGAGAAAGCCACCCCCAACUACCUCAAGCCGACACUCUCGUCGUCCCACUCAUCCGGGGAAGCCCGGAGGAGGUCCUUCGACAAGGCCCCCUCCCCGGCGCGGACCACGAAAACACGUGGCGUAUCCCCCUCCUCAACCCGGACAACGAAAACACGUGGUGUCUCCCCCUCCCCGACCCGGACCAUAAAAACACGCGGCGUGUCACCCUCUCCGACCCGGACCACGAAAACACGCGGCGUGUCACCCUCUCCGACCCGGACCACGAAAACACGUGGUGUCUCCCCCACCCCGACGUCCAGGUGGUCCUCAAUUUCCGGGAAGACCGGGGCGGGUAGGGCCGUGGCCUCAGCCAAGAGCGACGGGAGAUUGAAAGGGACAAGGGAAGCUGGGAAACAGCAUCUGUAUGCUAGGGCUGUAGGCACUCUAAAGAAGAGCGCCGCCGUUGCAAGUAAAAGCAAGAAGGCUGAAACUGCAACUGCUUUAAGAAAAAAAGAUUCAUCAGAUCAUGAAGAAUCACCCAUUGUUGGAGAUGAAGAAGAUGCAGCAGGGAUGCCAGAUCAAGAACUGGACAGCAGCAAUGAACAAACUCAAGGAGAAAUGGAUGAUACGGUCUCAGAGCAGCGCGAUGCCAGCAUUGGCGAGGCCGUAAGCCCCGCAAUUUGUGAAGAAAGUGAUGACAAUGUGCCUAAGAUUGAGUCUCCUACACUUUUAGGACAAGAUGAAGCUGAAGCUGAAGCUGUGAAUGAUGCUGAUGCUGCCAAGGCUGAAUCUCCGGUGAGCUCAGAACAACAUGUUGAAUGUCCGGCAGAUUCAGAACAGGCCAGCAGAAACAGCAGCCAGCAGAAAGAAGUUGAAGUAGUUGCAGAAGACGGAGAAGCAGCACCAAGGCUGUCUCAAGAAAAGAAGGACACGGCACUCUCCAACAACGUGACUGAAGAGAUGACACUCGAGCAGAGGCGAAACAAGUUCAGAGCGCUCGCUGGAGCGUUUGAAACUGCCAUAGCCCGACAGGAGCAUAAGUAACCACAGCUUAAAAGUGAACCCAAGCAAUGAUAAGUUGAAUAUGGUUUGGUGAUUGUGUAAUGUUUCAGCUAGCACCAGUUGAUCUGUACAAAAAAACUUACUACUAUAGUAGAUUUUGGAGGAGGCCAAACACAUAUUUUUUUGUGUUUGAAUGCAUAAUGUUCAUAUAAUCAUGGAUGUUAAGAUUUCUAAAAUUUUCAACUAGCUGAUUUCUUUUCAGAUGGUUUUGGAUAAGUGUUUUAUAUUUUUUAAUUUGACCAUAUUCUCCUUUU